UGGGCAAAGCUGUCCAACAUUGCUGUCAAGGGUGCUCAAUAUAACUCCUGUGAGCGUCUGCCCCACCUGAAAUGUUUGCAAGGGACUUGGGUGGAUCUUCUCAAACAAAUUCACAGAUUUCUGGAUGAUACACAGAAGAAUCAACUCAUUUGGCUACAUGGCACAGCUGGCAGUCAGGAAAGUCUGCCAUUGCAUUCACCAUAG